GAAUCCAGUGUGAAAUUGCUGCAAAAGCAGGGAUGAUUAUACAAAGAGUAGUGCUGAAUUCACGCCCUGGUAAGAAUGGAGUGCCAGUGGCUGAAAACUUCCGACUGGAACAAAGUACAAUAGCAGAUACGAUCCAAGUGGGACAAGUGCGUGUUAGAACCCUUUAUCUCUCUGUGGACCCUUACAUGCGCUGCCGAAUGAAUGAGGAUACGGGCUCAGAUUACCUCCUGCCCUGGCAGCUGUCUGAAGUUGCUGAUGGUGGGGGCAUUGGGGUUGUGGAGGAGAGCAAGCAUGACAACCUUGCUAAAGGAGACUUUGUAACUUCCUUCAAUUGGCCCUGGCAGACAGUGGCAAUUCUAGAUGGAAGCUUGCUGCAAAAGCUUGUUCCACAACUUGUAAAUGGACGCCUUUCCUACUUUCUCGGUGCAGCUGGCAUCACAGGACUGACAGCCCUGUUAGGUAUAAAGGAGAAGGGACACGUGGCUGCGGAGAAAGGGUGGGGGGGCGCCCCAGCCGGUGCCUGCGGCUCUUUGGCUGGCCAGAUUGGCCGUCUGGAGGGCUGCUCUAGAGUGGUGGGGAUCGCUGGCACAGAUGAAAAGUGCUCCAUUUUGGUCCAAGAAAUGGGGUUUGAUGCUGCUAUCAAUUACAAGAAGGAGGAUGUGGCAGAGCAGCUACGUGAACUUUGCCCAGAUGGUGUGGAUGUUUACUUUGACAAUGUUGGUGGAGACAUCAGUGAUACAGUUAUAAGUCAGAUGAAUCAGAACAGCCAUAUCAUCCUGUGUGGGCAGAUUUCUCAGUAUAACAAAGAUGUGCCUUAUCCUCCUCCACUGCCUCCUGACAUAGAAAAAAUACAGAAAGAAAGGAAUAUCACAAGGGAAAGAUUCUUAGUGCUGAACUAUAUGGACAAACAAGAAGCUAGUAUAUUACAACUCUGUCAGUGGAUCCAAGAGGGUAAACUGAAGGUCAGAGAGACCGUGGUAGAAGGCUUAGCAAACAUUGGUGCCGCUUUCCAGUCCAUGAUGAGUGGAGGCAAUAUUGGAAAACAGAUCGUCUCAGUUUCUAAGUAAAAGUCAUUGCUUCAGGAAAAAUAAUUGGAUUCUGUCUCUAACAGUGAGCAAGUUUUUACUUAUCCUAAUUUCCAUUUUCUGAAAUAAGCCAUUAAGUUGUUCUGUAUCUACUGAAAGCAGAGGUUCUGGGAUGCUAAUAAACUAAGUAGAACUGGAAA